AUGAAGUUCAGCACUCUCGCCUCCUCUGUCCUGGGCCUGAUGGCCUCCCAGCUUGUCGCUGCGGAAACCGACACCACCAGUACCUCGACAGUGACCAACUAUGUCACCGCGACGCUGGUCCACGUCGACACCGUGACCUCUCCUAGCAGCGUGGCACCUUCGACUUCCUCGGUGUUCGUCACUCCGAGCAGCCACGCCGUCUCGAGCAGCCGGGUCGCCAGCAGCUCUGCCGCCGCCAGCUCCUCUGCGCCUGCCUCUUCGUUCGCCUCGGUCACCGUGACUUCCAGCACCCCCGCCGGCACCUCGGUUGCUGCUGCUACUUCCCCUGCCGUGGGUACUUCCGGAGCCGACGGCAUGGUCGCCAAGAUGCCUGCUGUGCUGGUUGCGGGAUCUAUGGCUCUGAUCCUGGGCGCGCUCUAA